AAAAUUUCCCUUUUCAACAUAUUCUUUGCUGAUCAUUUCAUCUCCAAGAAACCAGAAAAGAAAAAAGAAAAAAAAAUCUAGAAUUUCAAGAAAAUUAUGUAUACUUACAUAUAUAUAUAUAGUAAGAUGCCAUUAGUAAGUAGCUAAGGUAGCUGGAAUUUGCGGGUUUUGAGAGAGAUGAGUAGUUCAAGUGUUCCGAGCAGCAGCUCUGGGGCCGCCGGAGGUGGAGGAAGCAGCGGUGGAGGUGGUGGCGGGCCAUGCGGGGCAUGCAAGUUCUUGAGGAGGAAGUGUGUGGCGGGGUGCAUAUUCGCGCCGUACUUCGACUCAGAGCAGGGCGCCGCCCACUUCGCGGCGGUGCACAAGGUGUUUGGGGCAAGUAACGUGUCGAAGCUCCUCCUACAUGUUCCGGUGGAGAAGCGGCUCGACGCGGUGGUCACAAUUUGUUAUGAGGCUCAGGCCCGCCUCAGGGACCCCGUCUACGGCUGUGUUGCCCAUAUCUUUGCCCUACAACAACAGGUGGUGAAUCUGCAGGCGGAGCUCUCCUACUUACAAGCCCAUCUCGCCACCCUUGAACUUCCAACUCCGCCACCAGCGCCGCCGCCUCCGCUCCUCCCACCGGCCUUAUCCAUAUCAGACUCGGCAACUUCUUCAUCAGCAUUUCCAGCAACAUAUGAUCUGUCGUCCCUGAUUGAUCCAAUCCUGCACCCUUCAUGGAUCCUGAACCAGCGCCAGGACAUCGACCCACGUAGCUUUUCAACCACCACAGCCGCCAGAGCGCCGCCGGACAUACCUUCAUCCGCCGCCUCCAGCGGCGGCGAUCUUCAAGAACUUGCUCGUGAGCUCCUCAACAGACAUGCACCUCCAGUUGUUCCAUGCAGAAAUCAAGCUUCGACUUUGCCACCCCAUUCCAGAUAAAUUUUUAAAAUUAAAAGUAAAAAGAAAAAAAACAUUGACCUGAUGAGAAACUGAUUAACUUGUUAACUUUGCCUUAAUACUCAAGAAAAUUAAUUAACAUUCAUUUUUUUAACUUUUUUUCUUUUUAAUAAUUUGUUACUGCACAAUAGUUUUGGAUUUAAUAUCUACUGCAGACCAUUCGAUGCGAUUGAUAAUCCAUCAUAUGAGGUUUUGUCCGAUUUGAGUAUCAAAGCCUCGUUAGGAAGAAGAGACACUAAAACUUAUAAUUCACUAUAUAGACUUUAAAUGAAGGGUUUGAGAUAGACAUAUAACCUCUUUCCCACAUACAGCACCCAUGAUAUAUACGACACGGAUGACAGAGAGCUUUACAAUUCGUUUUUGAAAAGACAGUUUGGUAUG